AUGGCUUCGUCUGCACCGGCGACCCCUGACACUCUUGUCACCUUGAAGGUCAACUUCCAGGGCAGCACCCGUCGAUUCAAGCUGCCCCUUCGUGACCUCGGUGCUAGCUCACUGGAAGAUAAGAUCCGAGCCAGCCUAUGCAUCGCUCCUGGAGCCCUAGCCACAUUUGAGCGGUACUCCGACUCGGCUUCUUCAUACGUCGUCCUCGACCACAGCAACAUCUCGGUUUGGAAGCAGCUCUACCGUGCUGCCAAGGCGAAGCAAAAGCUCAAGCUCCGUGUGACCCUUAGGGACUCGGACGAAGAGGAUAAGGGGCCCAAGCCCGUCACAGUCGAGGACGAGCCCGAAACCGAGAACCAAGACUUUGCCCAGAGCAAGCCCGAGGCCCCCCUGAUCUCCACGGCUCCGUCCGAAGCUGCCGAACCCGCGAAGCCGGCACCAGAGCAGUGUCCAGUCCCGCCUUCAUUGUUCCCCACAUUGAAAGACCUGGCAACUUCGGACCUGUCGAAUCUGGACAAGAUCAAGGCCCUGGACCAGCGUCUGGAGAAGGCCAUGAGCCAGUUGCAGCUGGGUAUGGACAAGUUCGAGCAGACUUCUCCCGCUGUCCAGGCUCAAGCACAGGACAGCCAGCCUGCGGAGCCAGCCACGUCCGUCUACGUAGCUCCCAAGUCGGCUAACUUCGCGGUCUGUUGUAACAACUGUGAUCGCACCAUCCCCGAUUCCCACUACCACUGCUCGACGUGCGACAACGGUGACUUCGACCUGUGCCCUGAAUGCGUCGAGCAAGGUAUCACCUGCUACAGCGCUGAGCACUGGCUGAUCAAGAGAUUUGUCCGAGGUGAUUCGAUUCUGGUCAGCACCACCGAGAGGAUCGCGCCCAAGCCAAAGGCUAAGGAAGCUGAGCCCACCUGGGCCCCCGCUCCCUGUGUCACUGUGUUUGAGGGGCCUUCGACCAGGUUCAACCACUUCCCUACAAGAACAUGCAACUCGUGUGUACAGGAGCUACCCGACAGGGAGUUCUUGCACUGCACUUCUUGCGAUGACUUUGACCUAUGCAAGUCCUGCUUCAAGAGUGAUCAGCACGGCCACCACCCCAAGCAUGGCUUCACUCCCGCCGUGGAGGGCACCCCUCUGCCUUCCGACAUUUCCAAGCGGCUAUCCCCUGGCCGCAACCAGCGGCACCAUGCCAUCUGCGACGGCUGCGAGAAGUUCAUCUUUGGUAUUCGGCACAAGUGCCUCGACUGCCCUGAUUGGGACUAUUGCGCAGACUGCGUUGUGAAUGCCAGCUUCAUUCACCCAAACCACCGCUUCGUUCCCAUCUACGAGCAGUUGGUAGACGCCCGCGUGCGGACUGCUACCCGUCCUGUCCACUAUGGCAUCUGCUGCGACGGACCUCUCUGCAAUGGCACCCGCAAAGCUUACAUUGUUGGUGAGAGGUACAAGUGCACUGUGUGCCAUGACACGGACUUCUGUGCCAGCUGCGAAGCAACUCCGGCCAACACGCACAACAAGACUCACCCUCUCAUCAAGUUCAAGACCCCUGUCAGACGUGUUGAGGUCACCACAAAGGGUGAGGAUGAGAACGGUCAGAGGAUGCCUGUGAUGGGCGACCGCCUGGUGCGCCACCGCAAGUCCACAACCUCUCAGACGACCGAGACCACUCCAUCCAGCAACAUCGCGGCCAGCUCUGUGCAGACUGUCGUCGACGUGAAGCCUACCGUUGGAGACGCCGAGUCCCAUCUCGAGACACUGAAGAAGUGGGAGCGCGCGCAUGCCGAGCAGCGCGAGAACGCCAUGCUGCUGGCUCGAAAGGCUGCCGUGGAAGCUCAGAGGGCCAAGGUCCUGGAGGCUCAAGAGGCUGCCGCAUCGGCUGCCAAAUCCGCUCUGGAGAGCCAAGGAAGCAGCGGUGACGAUGUCGAGAAGCUUGUCGCCGUGUUUGAGCGGGACACCGUUGUCGACGGCACUGUCUUGCCUCCGAACCACGUGUUCGAGCAGACUUGGGUCCUCCGUAACGCUGGCGAAAUCUCUUGGCCUGCAGGAUGCUCGGUCAAGUUUGUAGGUGGCGACUACAUGGGCCACGUCGACCCUAACCACCCCGCUCGCCUCCAUGAUCUUGUUUCCGCCUCCGAGUCGACUGUCUGCUACAACUCACUGGCACCUGGACAGGAGUUUUCCUUCACCGUUCUGCUCCGAACACCGGCUCGCGAAGGCAAGGUCAUCUCAUACUGGCGUCUGACUACCAGUGACGGUCACAAGUUCGGCCACCGCCUGUGGUGUGACGUAACUGUGCAGGCGCCAAAGGCUGUGGAGGAGCCAAAGAAGGAGGAGCCCACCACCGUUGUGAAGAAGGAGGUUGAGCCUGCAUCAGAGGCUAGCAGCCAAAUGAUCUUCCCGAAGUUGGAGAAGGAGUCUCCCGAGGCAAGCACCCACGAAGACAUCAAGUCUGAGACGGCCGAGGUUAUCGACGAAGAUGUUGAUGACUUCGAGGACUGCGGCGAGGAUGAUGACUGGGCGGAGGAAGAGGAUGACGCAUUCCUGACCGAUGAGGAGUAUGAUAUCCUUGAUGCAUCCGAUGAGGAGUAUCUCGGCGAACAACAGAGACGGGUGCAGAGGAAGUAA